AUGUCCAAUUCCACACCGCCGACUCUGAGUCACGAGGAGAAGUAUGGCGUUAAGCCGAGUGGAGGCAUCAAGCUUCCAUCGAUUGCGUUUUUAUCCAACCAAAAAGAGGGCUUUCUGCCAAUAGGGUCGCAAGAAGUACCACGUCCAAGUACCGAAGGUCACGCUCAACAACCCCCACAUCAGCCUAUCAGCAGGCCUAUGUCUGCUGGAGUCAAUCCUGUGGACCACCACAUUUCAGCAUCAGGAACACCACCAGCCAUGACGAUACCAAAGCCCACGAAAUUGGACAACACAACAAUUCUCAGUCCCACGCUAACAACCCCCACCAUCAUCAUCACGUCCGCAGAGUUAGUGGAGGCGCACAUGGCCAUCAUCAUCACCAUCACCACCAUCACCACCGCCACUCGAGCGGCUGAAGAAGCUGAAGCUGAAAAUGGCCCUGCUGCAAAUGGCCCUGCUGCAAAUGGCGCUGCAGAGAAGAAGGAUGAAGAUGUGCCCCAAGCAGUGGUUGCAAAAAAGGAAAAAGUUAUUCCAUACGUGCUUGACAAGGGCCCUCUUGAGGAGCUUUUGAGAGAUGUGUUUCCCAAGAGAAGGCACAUUGGCUCCAUAAUAUACAACCCCACAACGACGUGGGAGACCCUACAAUUCGAGAAUUUGCAAAUCGAUGAGCACGAUAAGCAGCAUCUUCGUGACAUACAGCAGAAAUAUGUUGAAAGGUACGGCGAGCGUUAUCGCUCUGUUGACCCAGAGUACAUCCCUACUCUUCCUCCACUUACAGAGGCGGCUAUCAACUGCUUUGUUGAAAUCAAGAUACCCUACAAGUUCAUCAAGGAGUUCCUCGAGAACUGCAACAGUGAAAAGGUCCAACGCAAGAGAGAGCUUUGGGGCGGAGCUGGCGGCAUAUAUACAGACGACUCAGACAUACUUGCCGUGCUCAAGCACCUUGGCGUUUUUGAUAACAACGCUGAUCUCUCAGAUACCAACCCCAAGUGGACCAAGCUGGAAGUAAUUAAACCUAUUGUUGUCCACAAAGACGGAGACGGAGUUGAUCUUCUAGACAUUUCCGUGACACUUCUCAUACUUCCGACCUUAAAACAGUAUUACGGUUACUACAAAAAUGGCAUGAUUCUGAGCAAACUGUCUUCGCCCCAGCUCAGCUCCUCGCCAUCCAAACUACGAACCCCUCCAGCCCUCUCGAAGACGCCGCUGGCCAAUCCACUGAGAACCUCGUCGAACGCAGCGCUGAAAAAAGGAUCGAAAAAAGUUUCUGGUUUUUUCAAGAAGAUCGGUUCUGAGUGGUCGGGGCUCCUAUAUCGCCUCAGAGAUAUCUCACACGACACCCACUCCGAAGACGAGGAAGUAGCUGAGCUUUUCGAGGAAAGCGGGCCUUUAGACAUUGACCGUUUAUCCAAGGUUGGCCGUCAACUCACCGACGCCGAGGAGCAGUUCCUUCGAGACUACAAAAAGUACAAAGAUCUUAACAAGGUGUUUGAGAUGCAUCAGCUAGAAAACCCCACGGCUGCCAACAGCGAGCAGGAUAUUGAGGAUAUUGAUCGUCUCAUGUUCACCGACAUGAACAUGGUGAAGCUCAAGGACGACCUCAUCAACCAGGUGCCAAACCCUGAGUAUCGGGAGAUCUUGUGGGAGUACAGAAGGAGCAAAUGGCUCUCCUAUGGCCGGGUCUCCGAACAGGCUAUUGCCGAGAAAGUCAACCAGAGACGUGAGGAAGCCUCGAUCAAGCACAUUCCAAAGGAGCUCUAUCCACGCAUAUACACCAACUUGGUGGACAAGGGCCGCACCUUGAAAGACGACAAGCGUCUCAACUUGGAGGAUUUGGUUGAAGUGGUGAACGAGGGAUGGAAGAAGGAAGAGAGAUGGACUCGUGCCGCCGAAGGCUUGCCCUAG